CACUAGCAUACCUCAUCAACUACUUACCUUAUUAAACUUGAAGUGAUUACAGUACUCUUAUUAGUGAUGAUGAGGUGAUUAGGUAACCAAAACAGCAACAACAGCAAUCAUUAUGGGGAAAUAAUUAACACAUUACACUGUACAUUCAAAAUUCGAUCGCCUAUAUGUUUAACCGAACAAUUUAAACACAUUCAGCCAUUGUUCAAUGUUCAAUUCAAAUAGUGUACUGUAUAAUUUCUAUUCUCAUUGUUAAACAUCUCUCCAGUCUCAUUACUAUUAUUAUUAUUACAUUAAUUAUGAUUAGUGGAAGAAACAGUUUUAGUACAAACGAGAAAUACAUCGUUUAUGAGAUGUAAACAGGUGUGAAUCAUUCAUUGAAUAAAAAGUAGCCUUGAAUUGUAAAACACAUACACAUACACAUACAACAUGAAAGAGUUGCAUGAUUUAACUGCUAAUUAAUCAAUUUCCUUAUUGUACAGAAAUUUAAAAAAACAUGUCAAUUAUUCAAGUUUCUAGUCAUUUUCAUAUCUGUAUAGUAUUAUUAGUAGUAUAUUGCAUGAAUAAAUCAUACACAAUGGAGUAUAAUAAUUUCAAGCAAUUUCGUGCUAAUGUUACUCUGAAAUUUGGUCUUAGUAAUGAUUUCAAUUCGGAAUGUGAUGAAACAGUGUAUAAAGUGGUAGUGUGCGCUGGAGAAUUCACUAAUCGGUGUCAGUUAGUUGGUCCAGUUGCCCGUUUUAUUCAGGCUACUUGUGCUUCUCAAGGGCCACCAGAAUCAUUGAGUUUCUUAGUAUCAUCCGUGGAGAAUCCAAUUGAACUGGAUGUUACAGUUCAGAAAGUUGGUGAACAAGAAAUUCAAAAACUGAGAAAUACAGAAUUCCGUUUAGUUGAAGAGAAUGAAGUAUCUGUGACGUCAUAUGACCUCUCAUUGAUUGUUCGUUUUCAUGUCACUUAUUCAUGCUUACCAAAUUAUUUUGGAAAAAUGUGUGCAACAUUCUGUGAUCGACAAUCUGUCGAUUAUCUAUGUGAUGCAUCAGGAAAUAUAUUCUGUAAACGAGGUUAUUAUUUCGAUCACCAAUAUCAAAAAUGUCGUCUUGAUCAAUGUAUCAAUAGGUCAAAUUAUUGUUUAAACGGUGGGUUAUGCAAAAAUAAUCCAAAUUUAGACGCCAGUGAAUUACCAUUAUGCAUAUGUCCAUCUGAAUAUAAAGGUUUACGUUGUGAAUUGAAAAAUCGGUCACUUGCAGAAAUUUGGAAUAGAACUUCAUUAAAACAAAAUGAAUUGAAUAAAAAUAAUUCAUUUAAUAGUAGUUAUAAUAAUAAAUUAGUUAAUACAACUACUGAAGUGAAUGAAUUGAAGACUACAGAGUAUGUGAAUAGGGAAGUGUCAAAAUUGUCUGCUUCCAAUAUUGGGAUAAUCAGUUCAACUCCAGGGAAUUCAAAUAUCCUUCAACAAUUGAAGCCUACAACUCCUGCUAUGUCACUAAUAAUAAACACUACUACUACUACUACUAUGAAUUUAGAUAAAACAUCAACAACAUCACCCGCGUCAUCAUCAGAAAUAUUUCUAGGAGUUAAAAAUCCUAAAUUUAUAAAUGAACAGAAUGUGAAAAGAAUCGUCAUUCUGUCUUCAGUUGGAAUAAUUCUUAUUUUAACUGUGAGCACAGGAUGUAUUGGAUUAGUUUUAUGUCUUGUUCGUCGUAAACCGAAAGAAAAUAAAAAAUCAAAUAUCUCUAACAUUAUCAGUUCAGACUCUGACUGUUAUUAUAAACCAACAAGAAGAUGGGCAUCCGUUGAUCAAUCUCCAACAAGCCUAAAUAAUUUUGACAGUAUAGACUAUCGAAUCUAUCCCGGUGGUACAAAUAUCCGUGACACUGUUGGUGGUGGUGGUGGUGGGGAUUAUAUAAACACCUUUCGAGAAUCUCACUUACAAACAUCAAAUCUAGACGGACGCUAUGGAAUGGAUGAUAUGACAUCCUUACCAAAUUAUUAUCCUAAUCCAUUGCAUCAUUCCAAUUCUCAGAGUCAUCCUCGUCCCCAACCUUUUCGACAUUCAUCAAUCAGUAAUACUGGACAUCAUAGUGAUUUACUCACUGAGAAUGGAUUUGCUACAAUUCCAAGAAAUUUCUACAUGUCUAAUCGUUACAAUAUGCAUUGGAAUGGUAUGAAACAGCCUACAUCGUGUUAUGUACCAACAUUGAAACCAUUGGCAUUGUUAGAUACUGGAAAUUAUGGUGAAGGCUUUGAAGAGAAUUCUAAUGACCCUGUAAUGAAUAGCUUUAAUCCACCUCAUCAUAAUUCAAACAAUGCCUACAAUGAACAUUCAACAUUUGGUGUCAAUAUGGUGACCACUAUGAACAAUAACGGUGUUGGUAUUGCUAACACUACUUCUAUUACUACGAAUGGGAACAAUAUUAAUGAACAUUAUUCCAAGUAUAUACAACCUUCUUAUAAUUGUCUAUCCUCUUCACUUCAUGAUAGUUAUAUGAGUAAUGGAUAUUUUGAUAGAUUAACAAGAUUAAAUAAUGAUUGUACUAAUCAAAAUGACAAUUAUGCAUUACGUAAUCACAGUGAGAAUAAUUACUCAACAUAUAAACCUGGAGUAUUGACCACUGUGAAUGACUAUCAUAAUAAUAAUAGUAAUAAUAAUAAUAGAAUUCGUAUGAGUUCAUCAACACUUCCAGCUACAAUGUCAUAUUCAUCAACAUUACAACUGCCGCCACCCCCUCCUCCACCAUUGAGUCAAGCCCUACCACCACCUCCACCUUCACAAUUCGCUGAUAUAACUGCUUUUUAAGUAAUAGUAGUAGUCGUCUUCAAGGAGUUGUGUACACUUCAUGACAAAAGUCAACACAACGACACACAUACACACACAAUCGGUGGAUAUAUAUAUGGAUAUGGUACCUUAUCCUCAAUCGGUAUCCACAUACCACUUACUAACUCUCUAUUUACCAGUAAUAUUAUCUUUUUUCAAUUCUUAAACACUCAUAUCUGCUUCAUAUACAUUUGUGUUCAUAUACUUUUAGCAUUCCACUAGUCAUUUGCAUAAAUCUUUAUAUAUUUCACAGAAUUAUAGGAACCACUAAGUACUGUGGUGUUAUUUUGUGACUUAUUAUGGUGAAUUUUAUAGAAACUUAUCCAUCGGAGUCAGGCACUAAUCAGUUAGUUGGCUGUUGUAUAUUUGUUAAUUGUUGAACUUGAAAAUAAUGAUUAAUUCACUUUUGACAGUAAAAAAUAACUGUUUAAUAGAGUAAAACACUUGUGAAAAU